GACCGGGUGCUGGACAUCCAAGCCGAGGAGAGCCCCUGGCCCGACGCCGUCAUCCCCGACUACGGUGACGGAACAAAUUCUCUCAUAAGUGGAGGAUGGGAUACAUCUUCCUGGGGUUUAAGUUCAAACACAGAACCACAGAAUCAGCCAGUAUCACCAACAGCCAUCACUAAGCCAGUGAGGAGGACAGUAGUGGAUGAAUCUGAAAACUUCUUCAGUGCCUUUCUCUCUCCAACAGAUGUUCAGAGUAUACAGAAAAAUCCAGUGGUGUCCAAACCUCCAGCCAAAUCACAGCGACCUAAAGAGGAGGUGAAAAGCACUUUAAAGGAUUCUCAACACCCCAGUCAGCUGGAAGUACCAGUGACCACAGAGGCAGAAGUGAAGGAUUCCUCUGUAGCUGUCCUAGUGGACUUGAAAAACCUCGAUAUUCCCAAGGACAAAUUAGAAGAGAGUUCUGUGCUUAAAUCUAAUGCCAAACCUGAAGAAAGCACAAAUGAAGUUACUGAUAAAAAGGUGUCCACUCUAAAUUUGGAAGUACCUGAAGAUACUCUUAAUGAAAAACCCACCGCAGGAGGGGAUGGAACAGGAGGGGCACUGGAUAGCACUUCACAGCCUCUUCAUACAGGUACCAAAGACAUGGGUUUGGAAACGAAGGAGAGAAAGACUGAGGACAGGCAGAGCAAUACACCCUCACCUCCUAUUAGCACAUUCUCCUCAGGCACAUCCACAACCAGUGAUAUUGAAGUUCUGGACCAUGAAAGUGUCAUAAGUGAGAGCUCAGUAAGUUCAAGACAAGAAGCUGCGGAUUCGAAAUCCAGUCUUCACCUCAUGCAAACAUCAUUUCAGCUUUUAUCCACGUCUGCCUGUGCAGAUUAUAACCGUUUAGAUGACUUCCAGAAAAUGACUGAGAGCUGCUGCUCCUCUGAUGCUUUUGAGAGAAUUGAUUCAUUUAGUGUACAGUCUUUAGAUAGUAGAAGUGUAAGUGAAAUAAAUUCAGAUGAUGAGUUAUCAGGCAGGGCUUCUGCUUCAGCGUCUGUCGCUGUCAGUCCUUCUGCACCAAAGACAGAAAUGGUUGAUGCCCUGAAAAAUAAACCUGAAAUCUUGAAUGAUGCUCCUGUUGCACAUGCUGAGGAAGCUGAGAUGGAAGAGAGUGGGAGGAGCGCGACCCCUGUUAAUUCUGAGCAGCCAGAUGUUCUGGUUGCUGCUGUGCAAACUGUUGAAGAACAGAUUGUGGAAGAGGAGACUGAGCCUCAGCAGGGUGCUGUUGAAAAAAUGUUAGAAGAGGACACUGAAAAGCAAGAGUUUAAAAAGAUGAUUGAUUCAUUAACUGAGAAACUGGAGAAGAGAGAAAUACAGUUAUUAAGUACUAGUAAAGAAAAGGCACGCCUGGAAGAAGCUUAUGAUAACCUAAAAGAUGAAAUGUUUAGAAUGAAGGAAGAGAGCAGUAGCCUUUCGUCUCUUAAAGAGGAGUUUGCUCAGCGAAUUGCGGAUGCCGAAAAGAAGCUCCAGCUAGCCUGCAAAGAGAGAGAUGCAGCUAAAAAGGAAGUAAAGACUGUUAAAGAAGAAUUGGCUACUAGACUCAAUACUAAUGAAACUGCUGAAUUACUGAAGGAAAAAGAAGAGCAAAUCAAAGGAUUAAUGGAAGAAGGAGAAAAGCUUUCCAAACAGCAGCUGCACAAUUCCAACAUUAUUAAGAAAUUAAGAGCCAAGGAGAAAGAGAGAGAAAAUACCAACACAAAACAGAACAAAAAGAUUAAGGAUUUGGAAGAGGAGUUGCACCAUUUAAAACAG